AUGUAGUAGUAGUAGUAAUAGUAAAAAACAUAAACCUUGGAAAUAAAUGAGUAAAAUAAAAGUGCAAAUAUUGGAAAGCAUUAUACAUGCAAGAUUUGUUUAGAAUAAAUAGACUUUAAAUAAUAUACAAUGCCGUGUAAAUGCCUAAUUUGUGGUAAUUGUUGCCUGCAAUAUCUGUUAGUUCAAAUAGAAAAUAUAGAUUUCUAGAUUAAUAAAAAGAUUAAAUGCCCUAACCAUGGAUGUUAAAAUGAUUUCUUAGUAGAAUAGUAUAGAGAGCAUACACUUUUUUCAUAAUAAUUUCAAAUUCCCUAGAUUCAUUUAUUAGAUGAUAAGUUGUUAAUAAAGCACCUUUAGAAUGAUCCUUAAGCAAGAAACUGCCCUAAUCCAAAAUGCAAAUAUUAUGGCUUGCUUCCUUUAAAUGUUAAAUAAUGCAAAUCAAAUACAUUACAAUGCGAUUUAUGCAAUACUGAAUGGUCUGACGCCUCUUUGCCAAAUAAAUCAAAAUCUCUAUUUUAAAUGUUAAAAAAUAUCAUUUUCUAGAAGAAUGAAUUAUUUUCUGAAGUACAUAAAAAAAUAAUGGCUAAAAGAUGUCCUCGUUGUGCAAUACCUAUAACUAAAUAUGGUGGAUGCUAUCAUAUGAUAUGCCGAAAGUGUAAUUUUGAAUUUUGCUGGUAUUGCUGUUAGCAGUACACAUCUCAUUCAAUGUAUAAAUGCAUAUUUUACAUAGUGCUUGAAAACAUCAUUUUUUUUUUUACAGGAUUGAUUCUUAUUUAUUUUACUGGCUUACACACAUAUAUCAUUAAUUUAAUAAUUUAAAUAAUGAAAUUUGUCCUGUCUGCUUUUCUACAUAACAUCUUAAUAUUACUAUUUUACCUCUUUGCUUAAUUCUUUAUGGAGGUGUUUAAAAUUAAAUAUGAAAUAAACUUACAGCUUAUCAGAUAUGGAUAUGAUAAGAGUGGUUAUCUAAGCAGUUAAAAGAAAAGAAAUUUCCAUUUGACCAUACUAACUGGUUGCUUAUUCUUACUAUGCCUAGGUUUUAUAACUUAUUUUUUUUACUCGAUUUUUCAGAUUGUAAGAUUUAUUAUCCUAGAAAUAGUCACAUUAAGCUCUCUUUAUUUUUUAUACAAUUUUAUGCACUUUGUGUGGCAAACAUGGAUGAGAUACAUUUACUGA